GGAGCUAGCAAUCAUGUCUUUCUUCCACGUUCUGCCAGCCUCGCUAACGAUGCCUCUUUAUUGCCACAGAGAAAACGAGAAAAAAAGUCAAUCCGCCAGCACCGCCGCCGUCGUGAUCCGACGCUGAAUUGAAAACAGGAAGGAAGAUGUCGUCGGUAAAGGUGGCGGUGAGGGUACGGCCCUUUAAUAAUCGGGAGAUCUCCCGUGAGGCACAAUGCAUCAUCGAAAUGUCCGGCAGUACCACUUGUUACAACGUCUGUAUAUUUGCGUACGGGCAGACCGGUGCUGGUAAAUCGUACACCAUGAUGGGCAAACAAGAAGAAGGUCAAGAGGGUAUAAUACCUCAAAUUUGCAAGGACCUUUUUAGAAAAAUUAGUCGCAAUUCAAAUGAAUGCCUGAAGUAUUCUGUGGAAGUAAGUUACAUGGAAAUAUAUUGCGAAAGGGUACGCGAUCUCUUAAACCCCAAGAACAAGGGAAAUCUUCGUGUACGAGAGCACCCUCUACUUGGACCGUAUGUCGAGGAUCUAUCAAAAUUGGCAGUGAUGUCGUAUCAAGACAUUCAUGAUCUUAUCGACGAAGGAAACAAAGCGAGAACGGUAGCAGCCACAAAUAUGAAUGAGACAUCCAGCAGAUCUCACGCCGUAUUUACAAUAUUCUUCACGCAACAAAAGCACGAUUCUACAACUGGAUUAGUGACAGAAAAAGUCAGUAAAAUUUCUUUGGUCGACUUGGCAGGUUCUGAAAGAGCUGAUUCUACUGGUGCAAAGGGUACAAGGUUAAAAGAAGGUGCCAAUAUUAAUAAAAGCUUGACAACCCUGGGAAAAGUCAUCAGUGCCCUUGCUGAAAUUGCAACUAAAAAGAAGAAGAAAGCUGAUUUCAUCCCUUAUAGAGAUUCAGUUCUAACAUGGCUCUUGAGAGAAAAUCUAGGAGGUAAUUCUAAAACAGCGAUGAUUGCAGCAGUGAGCCCCGCGGACAUCAAUUACGAUGAGACCCUCUCCACCUUACGAUAUGCAGACAGAGCGAAACAAAUAGUUUGCAAAGCUGUCGUUAACGAAGAUGCAAAUGCGAAACUUAUCCGAGAACUUAAAGAAGAGAUUCAGAAGUUGCGUGAAUUGCUGAAACAAGAGGGUAUUGACGUGCAAGAAGGAGACGAGAUCGUCCGGGCAACGAAACGCGAGGACGAUGUGAAGGAGCCUCGAUCCAGAAUUCCGUCUCACACUACAUCGACCAUUGCUGAGGAAGCAGUGGAUCAAUUACAAGCUUCAGAAAAGCUUAUUGCUGAACUGAAUGAAACAUGGGAAGAAAAAUUGAAACGAACCGAGCUGAUUCGUUUACAACGAGAGGCAGUGUUCGCCGAAAUGGGUGUUGCCGUGAAAGAGGACGGUGUCACGGUUGGCGUGUUCUCUCCGAAGAAGACUCCUCACUUGGUGAAUUUGAACGAGGAUCCAAUGAUGUCCGAAUGUUUGAUUUAUUACAUUAAAGAUGGCUUCACGCGUAUCGGUAGUGCCGAAGCUAACAUACCGCAAGAUAUCCAAUUAUGCGGCCCUCACAUACUAAGCGAGCAUUGCGUCUUCGAAAAUCACGAGGCUAUUAUAACCCUGAUUCCGAAGAAAGGCGCUUUAAUUUAUGUAAAUGGACGUGAGGUCACUGAACCGAUCGUUCUGAAAACUGGAUCUCGCGUCAUUUUGGGAAGGAAUCAUGUGUUCAGAUUCAAUCAUCCUGAUCAGGUACGUGAACGAAGGGAGAAAGGAUCUCCUGCAGAAACUCCUGGAAAUGGAGAAACAGUUGAUUGGAACUUUGCACAGAUUGAACUGUUGGAAAAACAAGGAAUCGAUCUAAAGGCUGAGAUGGAAAAGAGAUUGUUAGUAUUAGAAGAACAAUUCCGUAAAGAGAAGGAGGAGGCAGAUCAAUUGUUCGAGGAACAAAGAAAGAGUUAUGAGGCUCGAAUAGACGCAUUGCAGAGACAAGUCGAAGAACAAAGCAUGACGAUGUCAAUGUACAGCAGUUACACGCCUGAAGACUUUAACAAUAUCGAAGAAGAUAUUUUCGUCAACCCAUUGUUUGACGCAGAGAGCAACUGGACCGAGAGAGAGUUCCAACUGGCCGCUUGGGCCUUCCGCAAGUGGAAAUAUCAUCAAUUUACAAGCCUUCGGGAUGAUCUAUGGGGCAACGCUAUAUUCCUCAAAGAAGCUAACGCUAUUUCUGUCGAACUCAAAAAGAAGGUGCAAUUCCAGUUCACUUUGCUCACGGAUACACUUUAUUCGCCGCUUCCUCCGGAUCUCUUGCCCGCCAUCGACGACGAAGAAGAAGAAGAAAGACCAUUCCCGCGUACUAUAGUCGCUGUGGAAGUUCAGGACACAAAGAAUGGCGCCACACAUUAUUGGACACUGGAUAAACUCAGACAGCGCUUGGAGUUGAUGCGACACGUGUACAACGAGGACUCGAGCCCCAGCACUCCGGAGGCCAAAGAGGAUAUUUUCCAAUGUCUAACCGCCUACUCUAAUCCGAAGUUCUCGCUUGCAAAUCUUUUGCCUUCGAGACAAAGACUCGAGCUUAUGCGAGAAAUGUAUCACAACGAGGCAGAAUUAUCCCCGACAUCCCCGGAUUUCAAUAUCGAAUCUAUCACCGGAGGUGAUCCAUUCUACGACCGUUUUCCCUGGUUCCGAAUGGUUGGCAGGUCUUUCGUGUACCUAAGUAAUCUUAUGUAUCCCGUACCACUGAUCCACAAAGUAGCGAUAGUAAAUGAAAAGGGAGACGUGAAAGGCUAUUUGCGUGUAGCUGUGCAAGCUGUUGUUGAAGAGGAAAACAGUGAAUACUCAAGUGGCGUCAGACAAUCAGCUAGAAUUUCCUUCGAAGACGACUUGUUUGGAAAUCAAAAGCAGAACAAACGCAACACCCUGUUGACCCAGACUCUUGAGAAAAAUCGACAAAUCCUUUUGCACGAGGAACGUGUCGUGGAGGGCCACAACGAGCAAAAGGAGGUAAAAGAGGAAGAUGAUAUCGGCGAUGCAGACAGUGGUAGAGGAGAUAGUUCGGUUUCCAGCGAUAUGAAGGAGGAGGAUCUACCGGAUCAUUUGCAACUUGGCUCUGAAUUCACAUUCAGAGUUACUGUAUUGCAGGCCAUGGGCAUUUCUACCGAAUAUGCUGACAUUUUCUGCCAAUUCAACGUGAGACAACCACCAAAGAGAAUGCUUCCACCAUCUAUACCUAUCAGCCAACCUGUACGCUCACCAAAAUUCGGUAGUGUUUUACCAUCCCCUAGCACGUCACAUGUUCACGCGAAAUACGACGUAUUAGUUUGGUUCGAGAUUUGCGAAUUGGCGCCGAACGGUGAAUACGUGCCGUCCGUGGUUGACCAUAGCGACGAUCUACCGUGUCGUGGACUGUUUCUCCUUCAUCAAGGAAUUCAGCGUCGUAUUCGAAUUACCAUCGUACAUGAACCAGCGUCUGAACUACGAUGGAAAGAUGUGAGAGAGUUAGUUGUCGGACGUAUCAGAAACACGCCAGAACCAGAAGAAGAGGACAACGAUUCGUCAGUGCUUUCGUUGGGUCUUUUCCCUGGCGAAUAUUUAGAAGUGCCCGGUGAUGAUAGAUGCAUGUUUAGAUUUGAGGCAGCGUGGGAUAGUUCUCUUCAUAAUUCAGCCUUGCUCAAUAGAGUAACAGCUUACGGAGAGCAAAUCUUCAUGACCAUUUCUGCGUAUCUCGAGUUGGAGAAUUGUGGAAGACCAGCCAUCAUCACGAAAGACUUGAGCAUGAUCAUUUAUGGCAGAGAUGCCAGAGUAGGGCCGCGUUCCCUGAAACAUCUGUUCAGCGGAAGUUACCGCAAUCAAGAAGCAAAUAGACUCAGUGGCGUUUACGAACUGGUCCUGCGUCGUUCUUCGGAAGCAGGUAGCCCAGUACCUACCCCACUUUUGCAAUUGUUUUUUGCAGGCGUUCAGAGGCGACAACGCCGCGUAUUAGACACAAGCUCUACGUAUGUUAGGGGAGAAGAGAACCUACACGGAUGGAGACCUCGAGGAGAUAGUUUAAUAUUCGAUCAUCAAUGGGAGUUAGAAAAAUUAACAAGAUUAGAGGAAGUGGAAAGAGUGAGACACACAUUGCUAUUGCGAGAAAAAUUGGGAAUCGAUAAAGUAUCAUUCUGCAACAAAAUGUCACAUGAUUUCACAAAGAGCGAAAAGGAGGUUUGCAACAUGAUGGCAAAGGCAACGAAUGAAACGCACGCUAGCCCAGUAAAAUUGAAGCGUUCAACGAGUAAAGACAUUUACGAGCCAUGGGAAAUGACAGAAAGAGAAAAGGAACUAGCCACAAAGUAUAUUAAACUUAUUCAAGGUCGAAUCCCAAGCAAAGAACCCAUUCUAUUAUCCGACGUUUCACCCGGAGAAGACACUAUGACUGAUAUGUCAGCAUCCAUGAUGUCUUCAGUGAUAUCAUCCUCGUCCCAAGAGUCAGUAUACGAGAGAGCUAGUGAUUAUUUAAAGCAGCUUCGCUCAGUGAAAGUCGCGCUUUUAGCGCAACCAGCUUUUAAGAAUCGCUUUUUAUCAAUUCUGAAAUACGACAACUCGAGACUUUCGAGUCAAAGACAACCGCCAGCACAAUUGGACGCGAUCAGGGUGAUGCUAGAGUGUUACUUGCAGGCUGCUGGUAUAAUAGUAUGGAGCAGGUCUAAGUCGUGCAUCUUUAGGUUAAGUUCACCGGAGAGAGCUAGACUGCAGGAACUGCAGGAGAGCAUAUUAGCCAGCGAAUCCACUAACCAAUCGUGUACCAUUGCACCAGCUCCUUUGGGUUCAUCUUCCCCAUCGAAGGAAAAUUUGGUACUCUACGUGCCGGAAGUCGAGGAAAUUCGUAUCAGUCCUGUUAUUGCUAGGAAAGGAUACUUAAAUGUACUGGAACACAAGACUAAUGGUUGGAAAAAACGCUGGGUGGCUGUGCGACGACCAUAUGUUUUAAUCUUUCGGGAAGAGAAGGAUCCAGUGGAGAGAGCUCUCAUUAAUUUAGCUACUGCUCAAGUUGAAUAUUCUGAAGAUCAAUUAGCUAUGGUGAAAGUACCUAAUACUUUCAGUGUCGUUACAAAACAUCGAGGAUAUUUAUUGCAAACUUUAGGAGAUAAGGAGGUUUAUGACUGGUUAUAUGCUAUUAAUCCUCUUCUUGCUGGUCAAAUUAGGUCAAAACUAGCGCGCAAAGGGCCAACUACGAAUUUGAAUAACGCUUCGCCUGUUGGUCUAGUUCCGCCCAUAGAUCAGCAAUCGAACCAAAAUAAGUGAGUGGCCGAUGCAUUGGCCGAGGUAACGAGCGUCAUUGCGAAAGCUUCCGAAAAGAUGCUUUACUGGUCGCACUCGGCCUUCGAAUCUCAUGAUCUCUGUAGCUUUCGAUUUUCGGUAGUCUUCGAUUAUUAAAACGUCUCGAAAAAUGCGUACUAACGAUUGACUACCAGCUUCGAUAGCCACCGAUUAAUAUCUCGUGACAUCUAAUUUAACUACUCGUCAGCCACAACUCCUGGCCACCGGAUAGAAAUAAAAUGAAACUGAAAUGAUAAUGGAAACAGUUCUUAAAUGCAAAGGCGUGUUAUACGUGUUCGAAUCAUAUUGAAAUUAUUACCUUUCAGAAUAUUGCAAACUCUCUCCUCCCUUGGUCUCUCCGUUCAUUUUGAGACGCAAUCAAAAUGUACACAACGUCGAUGAGACAUCACCGCGAGUUCGCGAUACCUAUCUUACAGUAUAUUCGAAUUUUUCGAUAUUAGUCGGUCGUACGAAGCGAGUCUCUUUUAAGCGUGGAACGCAUACACAGUGAAGAGUUAUUUAUGCCUAAAUAAAACAUUCCUAAGACGAUCAUAGAAAACAAGGCAAGUAUACACACAUUGUAGGUAUACUCUUUAAAGAGAAGAUGUGGCACGAGAGAAAGCAAGAAAGAGAGGGAGAGAAAGAGAGAAGUAAGGAAAAAGGCAAUGUAGCGAGAUUACGAAUUUCUGAGUGUUCAUAUUUGAGAGAAAGAGAUAAGAGCGAAAGAGAAGAGAAACGAAAGGAAAACAAAAAAGAGAAACAGAGAUUCUAUGCUGAGGAAGUGUGCAGAUUAUUUCGAACGCGAAUUCUAAACAGUAAUCGUUGAAUAAUUCAUUGUUAGUAAUUCGUUUAUGUAAUUAUGUUUGUCUAUUACAACCGUUAUCGAAAUAAUCCUUUUUCCUCUUGUUUCGUGUUGCUGUAGUAUAAUACAUUUUGCGCCUCGAAUAACAAAUACUUCACUCAUAAGUAACAUGUUGGGAUCGCAACGCUGACUUAAAUUUUUACUCUUACUGCAUAGAUCAGUAUUCGAGUAUAAGAAUCGAGAGAAACAUUUUUCUGUCACAACAGGAAAAGUUUGUAAUAAUAAUACGAAUGAUUUGCAGUAUUAUUUAGACGAAACGACGAGUCAGACAUGUUUUCAAUUCAGUACAAACGUUCGUCAGUGUUAGUUACUGGCAUAGUCAUCAUUAUCGUUUAAGAGAUAUCUUUCUUAAUCAAUUUUAACUGUAUUUCAAUUUUUCUACCAAUUUUACGUAACCGAGAUAUCAGGAAAACGAUUACUAACAUAUUGUGUUGAACGACAGAUAAAAUAAGAAGUUUGUAAGAAAUUUCAAAGCAGAUUAUUUCCUCGGUCGUUUGUACGCGGUGGUCUACACAAAAGUGAGUCCCGCUCCUGUUACCGUUUUUGCUUACUAACUGUUGUAGAGUCUGAUAGUUUUAUUUUGUUAACGACGAUAUACGUGUCGAUGAAGAACAAGAAAUCGUACUUUAAUAAGUUAUAUACGCAUUCGGCGCUUUUAACCCUUUGAAGCAAAAAUUUAGAUGAAAUGAACCGAUGAUGUCAACAGUAGUCAUUUUCUUCUUUGUAUACAUAAAUUUUAUUAUUUAUUAUAUAUUUAUAUAUAUAUUAUUAUUAUUUAUUACCUAUUUAUAUUGUAUAUUAUUUAUUUUAAUUUAUGUUAUAUUUUUGCAACCACAUAGUGUAAUUACAGUCCACAAUUUAAGUUAUUUUAGUAAAGUUAUUUUAAAGUAAUGGAAUUUAAUAAAAUUGUAAAUGCAUUUAGUUAAUAUUACCAAGUAUACAAUAUAUAUAUUUUACAAUUAACAAUUUUUGCGUAAAUAGUUAUAAAAUAGCUUAAAAUAUAAAUAUAUAUUUAUUGGGGAUUUUGAUUGUUUAUUUAUUGAAAAAAAUUCCAAUUAGAUAAAGUAUAAUAUGAUAAAAUAAACGAGUUAAUGGACAAUACCACCGUGAUAAAAUUUAAUUAUUUGAUUUGUUGUGUUUCAUAAUAUCCUCAAAAUGAGUCCAUAUUUAAUUUUUCCUAUUGUAAUAAAAGGAGUACAAUUUUGGUUAAUUUUAAAAAUUAAAUGAUCUUUCAUCCUUCAAAAUCUAUGGAAAACAUUGUGCAAUAUUUUUUUAAUCAUAUCCUUUUUUUUUAUCAGAAAAUAAUGUUCAGUAUUAUAUUGUUGUUUAUCUCUAAUAAUAUAUCAAAGAGAUUCCAAUACUUAUUUAAAAUGGGAAUGAUAAAAUCCAUGUAACAAAUAUAAAAAAUACAUAUAAGAAAUAUAAUAUUCAUAACAUUAAUUCUUGAAAGCAAGAACAUUAAAAAUCUGAACUGAAGGAUGCAAGAAGUGUACUCUUUCUGCAUUGCUUUUUCUAAGAUAUUCAUUGUAUAUCUACAGAAUAAUUGUACUUUAACAGAUCUAGGAUUAAAAUUUACGAAAGAUUUAUGAAAUGCGCUUUUACAUAACAAAAAAAUUAAUCCGUGUAUAAUUAAGAUAUUCACUCUUUUUUUUUAAUAUAUAAGAAAAUAUUUAUGAACUGUACAAGGACAUAAUACUUACAUAUAUGCAUAAUAUAUUUAUGAAUAUUACGAUAUGUAGCAUUUAUAUUUUAAUCAUGUUAUUUAUGAAUAAUUUAUUUGUUAUACUAUAUAUAACAAACAAUUGUGCAUGUAAGUAAAAUUAAGUAAAAAGAAAAGUAUUGCUUCAGGGGGUUAAAGACACAGUUUAUUACUACACGAAGAAAAAAAAGAAAUUGAAUAUUAAGCAUGGAGGAGCCGAAUUAAAAAAAAAAAAGAAAAAAA